AUGUAUCCAAGAAGUCCGACACAAGUUAAGAAUCAUACUCGCAAAAGGCAACAACAAAGGGGACCACAGAAGACAAAUCUGUGGAGCUCAGAGCGCAAGAUCGUCAUUCUGCUGACGCAAGAUAUUUGCGCUCCUUACACUUCUCCCCAUCUUGGCUUUUUUGUCUUCCACUGUUUGCGCUAUGAUUUGGCCGUAGACAGACUGAUGUCGUUGCGAAAAAUCUAUUUGCUGCUCGCCAAAAAGUACAGAGUUGCUUACACGAUUGCACAAAUCACAGUUGUGCUUGUAUAUAUUUCACUUGUUGGGGCUUGGACAUUAAUAAGGAGCACUGCAGCCAAAAGAGUUUUCUGCGUCAUCACUGCUCCUUUGACCGGCAACAUUUACACUGUGUGUAUGAUGUCUAUUGCAGUGAUUGAUAUAUUGAUUGUAAUCUGUUACAUAGUGUUCACCCGCGUUUUGAAGAAAGUACAAAUCAGUGAGUCUUUAAAUUUCCAAUUUACAGUUUUC